UGUAGCAAAGGGCUAGGCUCUUUGUUUUAUGGUUAUAAUGAUGGUUGAUGUUUUACUUUGGUUAAUUCUAUUAUUUAAAAGUGAAAAUCUGCAUACACCCAAAAAAACUGAAUUGUUUGAGAGAGAAAAUGUAUGCGAAACAUCUGAUAAUGCUGCGUUCUGGCAAUUCCGGAAUGACACGAGUUCAAAUUUCAUGCAGUGAAACGUGCACAAGGGGAAUGUUGUAAAUAGAUUGUAUUGAGCUGUGUAAUUUUGGGAUUGGUGAUUAUAAAUUAUAAAAUCCACUCGAAAACUGGAAAUGUCACAAGGAAGAAUCCUUCUAUGCUGGGUGUGUGUCAUAGUGAGUAUUAGUGGAGAGAUUGACAGUUCGCCAAUACUGCAGCAGGUGAGACCGGGGGACACAACGAAGUUAAGGUGCACGGUAGGGGAACUGGGAAACGAAAAGGUAAUUUGGAGUGGAAAACGCGAUGAACUACUGUUUAUUGACGAAAAUAGAGUGACAUCAGAGUCAAGAUUCACUUUGAAGCGCCCCUAUUCUAAAAGCUGGAAUCUCAUCAUUGAAAACAUUAAACUUGGAGAUGGGGGAUCGUACAAGUGUAAAGUCGGUCGCUCGGUAAUUAAAGAGUAUACGUUGGAAGUGCAAUAUUCACCUCGAAUUUUACCGUCGGAAUCAGGUGGAGACAGCCUGGUUAAGGAGGGAAAAAAUGUUACCCUUACUUGCGAGGCAAAGGGGGUCCCGCCUCCAAAAUUUGUAUGGCAUUUGAUAAAAGGCAACCAAGAAAUGCAGAUGGAUAAGGGUCCACAGUUAGUAAUACCAAAUAUUAGGCAAGAAGAGUCGGGUGUGUAUAGAUGUACAGCGUUUAAUGGAAUCGAACCAAAUGGUACCAUGGAUGUAACAGUGGGAGUAGAAUACGCACCUGUAGUUACUGUUUACAACCCCAAGUUAAUGCGAGAAAAGGGUAAGAGUGCAAAGUUAGAAUGCAUUGUUGUCAGCUUUCCCAAGGGUCGAUACAACUGGACCAAAGAUGGUGAAGUCAUAAAAAAGGACUGGAAUCACGAUACCCAGAAAAUUGAACUAAACUUGACUACCACGGUUAUGAGUCUCAAUAUAAAACAGGUGAGGCAGCCAUCAGGAUUUGGAUUGUACCAUUGUGAGGCAGAGAACCAGUUUGGUAGAGCUGUCGGCAGUGUCACACUACAAGAGAUUGUCACAACUUCCAACAAACCGUCUGCUGGGACAGGUAAAGAUGGAAGUGUGCAGCUUUGUUCUGAUCGCAUCUUGUUUUACCUUUUAGUUUUAACAUUAUGUGUAACUUUCUAAAUGUUCUGAAUGUGGGUUUUUUUUUUUGCAAGUCUGAGAAGAUAUUCAUCGAAUAUUACUCCAGAAUUUGUUUACAUUUUAGUUCACCUGAGCUGAAGGUUUAAGUGAGCUUUUCUGAUCAAAAUUUGUCCGUUGUCUGUCAACGUCGUUGAAAACUUUUCACAUUUUUAUCUUCUUUUAAAGAGCCAAUUUCAACCAAACUCAGUCUCCUUAAUUGAAGAAAAAUAGUUUAUUCAAACGAGGAACCACGUCCCCUACAAAGGGAUAUAAUAAAAAUGCCAAAAUAGGCUAGAGUAAAAAAAAAAAAUUCAACAACCACUGGACCACAUAAUAUGAAAUGCAUGCGAAAGCUUCCUGACAUAGGUAAGAUUAAAGUUGCUCAAACCAUGGACCUCAAAAUGGGAACAAAGUUCUACAUAGAAAUUUAUAGCGGAAAAUCUGUAGAAACUAUCUAAAUGAAACCAGGGCCAUAGUUUGGCAUAAAUAUAUGCAAACACCCCCAGGUGUUGGAGAUUCAACCCUACUCAAAUCAUGGCCUCCGGGGUAGGGUGGGGCCCCAUUUUGGGAUCAGUUUUACUAAGGAAUAUAUGGGGGAAAUAUUCUCAAGAACAAGGCCAACUUGCGUUGGGUUGGACUUAAAGUUGGGGAUCACAUUAACAUAAUACAUGUAGAUGUAUGGGGGGUCUCUAAAAAAUCUUCUCAAGAAAUGCAAAAUCAUGUUUGUCACAUUGAUAUUAAAAAACCCAGUGAUAGUGGAUUCAAAUUUGGUGAAGCUAUGGCCCACUGAAGCUAGGAUGGGCCAUGUAUUACAGUGGGGGAAAGUCUUUGAAACAUCUUUAAAGAACAGCGUAUACAAGGUGAAUCGGGUGAGAAUUAUGGCCCUAGGGCCUCUUGAUAUUGCAUCAAGUGAUUCUCAUUAAUAAGGUCAUAGAUAUCUCUUGAUUCUUAUUAUAGCCCAAAUCGUUGUAAUUCAGAUAUCUAAGAUCCAAAAGUAAGAUGUCGUUACAUGUGUUCUAUAGCAAUAAUAAUAUUGUUCUGAAAAUUAGUAAUUUUAAAACUAGAUCUUUUCUGACUAUUUAAUUUGUAAUGAAAAUGUCAAUUUAUUUAAAUUUGUACUCUCUUAAUAGAGCUUCAUGAGAGUGAUCAAUUGUAUGUAUUAAUAUUUAAUUGUGAAUUAUAACAAGAUCAGAUUUUGCAAUGGUUAACUAUUAUUUCCUCAACAUUUUAGUAACGCAAUUUCGUAUAUGUAUGCUGUUCAUUCAGCGCAUGCAAGAACAUGCAAACGGAUGGGAGACCUAUUGCUUUGUUAUUACGUAUUUUUUAAAAAUAUUUUAAUUUCGAUGUUUGUACGUUUCCACAAAUAUCUUGAUAUCUUAAAAAUCUGUAUUAAUAUGGUCGAUUUUACAGAGUAUCAUUCUUAAAUUUCUGUCAUUAAUAUAUACAUGUAUAUUCUUGAAAUACUUGUGAGAAAAGUUUGGUAACUGAAUAAUUGAUAAAUACGUUGCUUUGAACAUUUUGCAGGCUUUGUGAACAUUGUCUGCACUGAGAGGGACAUUAGUAUAUAUAAGUUUUGCACGCCUUUCUAAUAAAGAAUGGUUUAUCAAGCAUAUAUUGUGUUAGGAAACAUAUUUUAAGGAUAUGCAUUAAUUUGGUUGAUUUUACAAGGAGUUCAAUCUCAAAUUUCUGCUUUCCAUAAAUAUUUUUUUCUACUGUUCGUAAGAGUUUGGUGGAUGAAUAAUUGGUAAAUAAGUUGCCGUGAACAUUGUCUGAAGCGACAUUAGUGUAGUAAAAUCUUGCAUGCCUUUAUAAUAAAGUGUGAUUUAUCAAGCCUA